GUGCACAUUGCUGCACCAAAAGUAGACUUUCUACUACACGAGCUGACUGAUAUAUAAACGACUUCUGUAGGCGAUAAAAAGUCACAGUUGCGAAUUGUUCUUCACUCCUACAGGUAGUUCAACUUAAAAUGUGGAAGGUAACGAACUCGAUCAAAUGUGCGCUCGUGAUUGCUUUGGUGCUUAUGCAACAAGGCUCAGAAGCAACUAAAGGAAAACGCCAUCGACAACCAGCUGCUUCACCUACCUAUCAGUCCUACCAGCAACAAGCCCCAGUAGCUCCUCCAGCCUACCAACAACCUGCUCCUUCUUAUCAGCAACCUCAGCAACAAGCUCCAGCACCGUACCAGCAGCAAGCUUCAUCGGCUCCUUCUUAUCAGCAACCUGCUCCAUCGGCCCCAUCUCAGCAACAUCCUCCAGCGCCUCAGUCGUACCAGCAACAGGCUUCCCCGUCACCAUCAUACCAGCCACAGGCCCCAACGGCUCCAGCUCAAUCAUACCAACAACAGCAGACGCCAGCCGCUCCGUCUUACCAACAACCUUCUCCGGCAGCCCCAACCUACCAACAGCCGACCCAAGCAAGUCCAUCCCACCAGCAACAAACCCCAUCGGCCCCAUCUUAUCAACAACAAUCGGCCCCAGCGGUUCCAUCGUACCAACAACAGGCUCCAGCUUCCUCUUCCUACGGUGGGGCUCAGCAGGCACCGACCCCGUCUCACCAACAGCAAAAUGAAAUCGCUCCAUCUUACCAGCCACAGCCGACUCCAUUGGUUCCUUCUCACCAGCAGCAGCAUUCAGCUCCUUCCUAUCAACAACAAGCUCCGUCAGCUCCAACCUACCAACCACAGACUCCAACAGCUCCAGCUCCAUCAUAUCAACAACAACAACCGCAGUCUCCAGCCGCUCCAUCUUAUCAACAACCUCCUCCAGCCACCCCAACUCAACAAAAGCCGACCCAAGCGGCUCCAUCCUACCAGCAACAGCAAGUUGCUCCUCCAGCCUAUCAGCAGCCGCAAGCUCCAGCGGCUCCAUCCGGUCCAUUUCAUCAGGAGCAACAGUCGUCAGCGGCCCCAUCGUAUCAGCAACAGGUCGGCCAAGCAGUUUCUUCCAACCAGCAACAACUGGCUCCCGUCCCCUCCUUCUAUGGCCCUUCUUCUCUGUUUGUCUAAGUUCGAAUGCUGAAUAUUUUGACAACAUUUAGCUAAUCUUUGGAGAAGAUUCAAUUUUAUUCAUUCUAGGUGGCUGCGCUAUGUGAGAAUUUUGUUAUUUGCAGAGUUAUAUGAUUCGCAAUUGAAAAAUAGAGUUUAUCAAUUACAUACAAUUACGAACUCCUGAA